AUGGGAGGGUGCCACGCGAAGCCGCUCACCCACGACGCGGACGGCUCGCCGCCGCACGCGGCGCCGGCGAUCCCGCCCCCGGGCAACGCCAUGCCCGCCACCCCCGGGAAGAAGCACUGGGCGGUGUCCCCGUUCUUCCCGUUCUCCACGCCGAGCCCGAGCCCCGCGCACCACCUCUUCGGCGGCUCCGCGGCGUCGCCGCGCAAGUCCCCCGCUCCCGCGGGCUCCGCGCCCACCACCCCGGCCAGGCGGCUCCUGAGGCUGCCCUUCCCGCCACCGUCGCCCGCCAAGCACAUCCGGGCGGCGCUCGCGAGGCGGCACGGCCCGUCGCGGCCGUCCAUCCCCGAAGAGGGCGGCGGCGAGGGGGAGGGCGGAGGUGGAGGCAGGGGCCUCGACAAGGGGUUUAGGUUCAACAAGGGGUUCGCGGCCAAGUAUGACUUGGGGGAUGAGGUCGGACGGGGACACUUUGGCUACACCUGCGCCGCCACGGUUAAGAAGGGCGCGCGCAAAGGGGACUCCGUCGCCGUCAAGGUCAUCCCCAAAGCAAAGAUGACUACAUCCAUUGCUAUAGAGGAUGUCCGAAGGGAGGUUAAAAUCUUGAAAGCUUUGGCAGGAAACAAAAACCUAGUCCAAUUUUAUGAUGCCUACGAGGACAACGACAACGUAUAUAUAGUAAUGGAGUUGUGUGAAGGUGGAGAGCUACUUGACAGAAUACUUUCCAGAGGAGGGAAGUACUCUGAGGAUGAUGCAAAAGCUGUCCUGGUGCAAAUAUUAAAUGUCGUCGCUUUUUGCCACAUCCAAGGAGUGGUUCAUCGAGAUCUCAAACCAGAGAAUUUUCUUUUCACAUCAAAAGAUGAGAAUUCCCAUCUUAAGGCCAUUGACUUUGGCUUAUCAGACUUUGUAAAACCAGAUGAGAGGCUGAAUGACAUUGUUGGAAGUGCUUAUUAUGUUGCUCCAGAAGUUCUGCAUAGAUGCUAUAGCACAGAAGCUGAUGUCUGGAGUAUAGGUGUAAUUGCAUAUAUCCUUCUUUGUGGCAGUCGUCCAUUUUGGGCACGCACUGAAUCUGGCAUAUUCCGUUCGGUUCUCAAAGCUGACCCCAGCUACAAUGAGGCACCAUGGCCUUCUCUGACUCCAGAAGCAAUGGAUUUUGUUAAGCGAUUGCUGUGCAAGGAUCCACGUCGAAGGAUGACUGCAGCUCAGGCUUUAAGUCAUCCGUGGAUCAGAAAUUAUAAUGACAUUAAGCUGCCAUUGGACAUCCUUAUAUUCCGACUUAUCAAAGCUUAUAUUCGUUCCUCAUCUUUACGGAAAGCCGCUCUGAGGGCUCUAUCAAAGACCUUAACAGUUGACGAGCUUUUCUAUCUGAAAGCACAGUUUUCUUUAUUGGAACCAGACAGAAAUGGAUGCAUCACUCUUGACAAUAUCAGAAUGGCCCUAACGAGAGAAGCUACUGAUGCAAUGAAGGAAUCCCGAGUUCAAGAGAUUCUUGUUUCGUUGAGCGCCCUUCAGUACAGAAGAAUGGACUUCCAAGAGUUCUGUGCAGCAGCAGUUAGUGUGCAUCAGCUUGAAGCAUUGGAUAGAUGGGAGCAACAUGCGCGAUCUGCUUAUGAACAUUUUGAGAAGGAAGGCAACCGAGCUAUUGUAAUAGAUGAAUUAGCUUCUGAAUUGGGCCUCAGCCCUUCAGUGCCACUGCAUGUCGUUCUACAAGAUUGGAUCAGGCAUACGGAUGGGAAAUUGAGCUUUCUCGGAUUUGUCAAGUUGUUGCAUGGCAUGUCCAGCAGGUCCCUGUCAAAGAUGAGAUAG